AAAAGGCCAGCAUCCCAGACAGUUGGUACCCUGCAAGCUGCUUCACUUCCCAUCCUCCUCGUUUCUUCACUGAACUGGUUCACACAAAUUUACGGGAGAAAUGUCUGUCCUCUUGCAAAGCAUUGUCAAUAUCAUCGACAUUUUCUACCAAUAUGCUGAAGAUGAUGGCGAGUGUGAAACACUAAGCAAAAAGGAAAUGAAGGAACUUUUGGAAAAAGAACUUUCCUCAAUUAUGUCGAAUCCAAAAGAUCCUCAAAUUAUAGAAGCCAUCUUCCAUAUCCUGGACCAAGAUCAUGAUGAUAAAGUGAAUUUUGCUGAGUUUCUUCUGAUGGUUUUCAAACUGGCUAUGUCCUUCAAUAAAUCUGUCAGCAAAGAAUAUUGUGAAGCAUCAGGGUCAAAGCACAAAAGCCAAGAUCACCAUCAUAAAGAAGAAAAGAGUGUGACAGAGGAAGAGGAAGAUGAGACUGGUUCUGAUACAGAUGCAGAAGAACAGCAGUGCAGUUUUGGACAUUCACAGAAGAAAGGAAAAUAUAGGAACCAAUCUCGGUCCAACUCUCCUUGGAAGAGAAGGAGAAGUAGCUCAUCAAACUCAGAACACAAGAAGGACUCUAGAAAAAGACACCAUAAAUCAAGAAAGAAUGAGAAAGAGAAAAAUGGACUCAGCUCAAAAAAGAAUGGAAGGAGAUACAAGUCAUCCACCCAUGAAAAACAUGGAUCAACUGGAAGAGGAAGAGAAUUAAGUGAUGGGCAGACAAGUGACAGUGAAGGACAAACAAGAGACCAAUCCAGACAUAAAGUUUCUGAACAAGGACAGUCUUCAUUUACACACUCAGGGUCCAGUUCAAGAGGAAGAAAGGAAUCUAGUUGUGGUCAAUCGAGUGGUAGUGAACGUCAAUCAAAACACAGAGAGUCCUCAUCCACUAAAAGAAAUAGUGACCACACAAGAGGAAGACAGAAAUCCAAUUGUAAUCAGGAAAGUGACAGUGAAGGUCAAAUAAUAGACCACUCCAGAGAGUCAGUCUCUGUUCAUGAAAAAAAUAAAUCGUCAGAUUCAGGGGCUAUUUCAAGCCACAGAGAGAGAUGUAGCUGUGGGCAACCUAGUAACAGUGAAAGUCAGACAGAAGACAGCUCAGGAGAGUCAAGAUUAGGUGAACAAAAGACAUCAUCAAAAGAAAAGAAAAAAGGAAACCAAAGAUCAAGGCAAGGACAGGCAGAAGAUACUUCUGCUCAUUUGGGGUCUGGAAAAGGAAAGUCUAAAGACAGAAGCAAAACAAGAAGACAGACAUCUAGUCAUCAUUCAUCCAGUGAAAACAAGGGGCAAUCAACAGAGAGAUCCAGCCAUUCAGGAUCUGGUCAUCAACAAUCCUCAUCCUCUCAAGGGCACCGUGGCUCUAGUCAAAGGGGAAGACAGCAGUCUACUUCUAGCCAAGUAAGUGAUAGUGAAGGAUCAACAAGAGAGCACACCAGAGAAUCAGUCUCUGGUCAUAGACAGUCUUCAUCUCCAUCCUCAGGCUCUCGUUCAUCUAGAAGGCAGGGAUCCAGUCAUGGUUCCUCUAGUCACAGGCAAAGACAACAAUCAGACAGAUCCAGCCACUCAGGAUCUGGUCAUCAACAAUCCUCAUCAUCUCAGAGACAACAUGGUUCUAGUCAAAGAGGAAGACAGCAGUCUACUUCUAGCCAAGUAAGUGAUAGUGAAGGAUCAACAAGAGAGCACACCAGAGAAUCAGUCUCUGGUCAUAGACAGUCUUCAACUCCAUCCUCAGGCUCUAGAUCAUCCAGAAGGCAGGGAUCCAGUCAUGGUUCCUCUAGUCACAGGCAAGGACAACAAUCAGACAGAUCCAGCCACUCAGGAUCUGGUCAUCAACAAUCCUCAUCAUCUCAGAGACAACAUGGUUCUAGUCAAAGGGGAAGACAGCAGUCUACUUCUAGCCAAGUAAGUGACAGGGAAGGAUCAACAAGAGAGCACACCAGAGAAUCAGUCUCUGGUCAUAGACAGUCUUCAUCUCCAUCCUCAGGCUCUAGUUCGUCCAGAAGGCAGGGAUCCAGUCAUGGUUCCUCUAGUCACAGGCAAGGACAACAAUCAGACAUAUCCAGCCACUCAGGAUCUGGUCAUCAACAAUCCUCAUCAUCUCAGAGACAACAUGGUUCUAGUCAAAGGGGAAGACAGCAGUCUACUUCUAGCCAAGUAAGUGACAGGGAAGGAUCAACAAGAGAGCACACCAGAGAAUCAGUCUCUGGUCAUAGACAGUCUUCAACUCCAUCCUCAGGCUCUAGUUCAUCCAGAAGGCAGGGAUCCAGGCAUGGUUCCUCUAGUCACAGGCAAGGACAACAAUCAGACAGAUCCAGCCACUCAGGAUCUGGUCAUCAACAAUCCUCAUCAUCUCAGAGACAACAUGGUUCUAGUCAAAGGGGAAGACAGCAGUCUACUUCUAGCCAAGUAAGUGACAGGGAAGGAUCAACAAGAGAGCACACCAGAGAAUCAGUCUCUGGUCAUAGACAGUCUUCAUCUCCAUCCUCGGGCUCUCGUUCAUCUAGAAGGCAGGGAUCCAGUCAUGGUUCCUCUAGUCACAGGCAAAGACAACAAUCAGACAGAUCCAGCCACUCAGGAUCUGGUCAUCAACAAUCCUCAUCAUCUCAGAGACAACAUGGUUCUAGUCAAAGGGGAAGACAGCAGUCUACUUCUAGCCAAGUAAGUGACAGGGAAGGAUCAACAAGAGAGCACACCAGAGAAUCAGUCUCUGGUCAUAGACAGUCUUCAUCUCCAUCCUCGGGCUCUCGUUCAUCUAGAAGGCAGGGAUCCAGUCAUGGUUCCUCUAGUCACAGGCAAAGACAACAAUCAGACAGAUCCAGCCACUCAGGAUCUGGUCAUCAACAAUCCUCAUCAUCUCAGAGACAACAUGGUUCUAGUCAAAGGGGAAGACAGCAGUCUACUUCUAGCCAAGUAAGUGACAGGGAAGGAUCAACAAGAGAGCACACCAGAGAAUCAGUCUCUGGUCAUAGACAGUCUUCAUCUCCAUCCUCAGGCUCUAGUUCGUCCAGAAGGCAGGGAUCCAGUCAUGGUUCCUCUAGUCACAGGCAAGGACAACAAUCAGACAGAUCCAGCCACUCAGGAUCUGGUCAUCAACAAUCCUCAUCAUCUCAGAGACAACAUGGUUCUAGUCAAAGGGGAAGACAGCAGUCUACUUCUAGCCAAGUAAGUGACAGGGAAGGAUCAACAAGAGAGCACACCAGAGAAUCAGUCUCUGGUCAUAGACAGUCUUCAACUCCAUCCUCAGGCUCUAGAUCAUCCAGAAGGCAGGGAUCCAGUCAUGGUUCCUCUAGUCACAGGCAAGGACAACAAUCAGACAGAUCCAGCCACUCAGGAUCUGGUCAUCAACAAUCCUCAUCAUCUCAGAGACAACAUGGUUCUAGUCAAAGGGGAAGACAGCAGUCUACUUCUAGCCAAGUAAGUGACAGGGAAGGAUCAACAAGAGAGCACACCAGAGAAUCAGUCUCUGGUCAUAGACAGUCUUCAUCUCCAUCCUCAGGCUCUAGUUCGUCCAGAAGGCAGGGAUCCAGUCAUGGUUCCUCUAGUCACAGGCAAGGACAACAAUCAACAGACAGAUCCAGCCACUCAGGAUCUGGUCAUCAACAAUCCUCAUCCUCUCAAGGGCACCGUGGCUCUAGUCAAAGGGGAAGACAGCAGUCUACUUCUAGCCAAGUAAGUGAUAGUGAAGGAUCAACAAGAGAGCACACCAGAGAAUCAGUCUCUGGUCAUAGACAGUCUUCAUCUCCAUCCUCAGGCUCUAGUUCUUCCAGAAGGCAGGGAUCCAGUCAUGGUUCCUCUAGUCACAGGCAAGGACAACAAUCAGACAGAUCCAGCCACUCAGGAUCUGGUCAUCAACAAUCCUCAUCAUCUCAGAGACAACAUGGUUCUAGUCAAAGGGGAAGACAGCAGUCUACUUCUAGCCAAGUAAGUGACAGGGAAGGAUCAACAAGAGAGCACACCAGAGAAUCAGUCUCUGGUCAUAGACAGUCUUCAUCUCCAUCCUCAGGCUCUAGUUCGUCCAGAAGGCAGGGAUCCAGUCAUGGUUCCUCUAGUCACAGGCAAGGACAACAAUCAGACAGAUCCAGCCACUCAGGAUCUGGUCAUCAACAAUCCUCAUCAUCUCAGAGACAACAUGGUUCUAGUCAAAGGGGAAGACAGCAGUCUACUUCUAGCCAAGUAAGUGACAGGGAAGGAUCAACAAGAGAGCACACCAGAGAAUCAGUCUCUGGUCAUAGACAGUCUUCAUCUCCAUCCUCAGGCUCUAGUUCGUCCAGAAGGCAUGUAUCCAGUCAUGGUUCCUCUAGUCACAGGCAAGGACAACAAUCAACAGACAGAUCCAGCCACUCAGGAUCUGGUCAUCAACAAUCCUCAUCAUCUCAUGGACACCGUGGCUCUAGUCAAAGGGGAAGACAGCAGUCUACUUCUAGCCAAGUAAGUGAUAGUGAAGGAUCAACAAGAGAGCACACCAGAGAAUCAGUCUCUGGUCAUAGACAGUCUUCAUCUCCAUCCUCAGGCUCUAGUUCAUCUAGAAGGCAGGGAUCCAGUCAUGGUUCCUCUAGUCACAGGCAAGGACAACAAUCAACAGACAGAUCCAGCCACUCAGGAUCUGGUCAUCAACAAUCCUCAUCCUCUCAAGGGCACCGUGGCUCUAGUCAAAGGGGAAGACAGCAGUCUACUUCUAGCCAAGUAAGUGACAGGGAAGGAUCAACAAGAGAGCACACCAGAGAAUCAGUCUCUGGUCAUAGACAGUCUUCAUCUCCAUCCUCAGGCUCUAGUUCAUCUAGAAGGCAGGGAUCCAGUCAUGGUUCUUCUAGUCACAGGCAAGGACAACAAUCAACGGACAGAUCCAGCCACUCAAGAUCUGGUCAGCAACAGUCCUCAUCCUCUCAUAAACACAAUGACUCUAGUACAGGAGGAAGACAUCUUUCUAGUGAUAGCCAUGGAGCCUAUGGCACUCGCCAAGGGCAUUCAUUGAGUAGUGAAAAGCAGCAAUAUGGUUCUGGUUAUAAUUGGAAGCAUGGUAGUUAUGGGAAUGCUGACUAUGAUUAUGGCCAGACUGGUUAUGGGCACUCUAGAGACAAUAGGACCAGCAAUAGUAAUUCUAGUCCUCACCAACCAGACCAAAUCACAUUCAGUAUAUUAUCUAGGCAUGGAUAUUCAUCUUCAAAAUACAAUUCUCCUAAUUUUGAAAUGAAUAUGAAUAGAUAUGGGCAAUCUUUGGUAAGUCAUGAACAUUUCAAUAGUAAUCACACUGGGCCCAAUACCAGUCGACAAUCAAGAUCAAGUUCUGGCCAUUCUAAUGAAAAGGAAGGACAAACCCAUAUUAAACAAUCAAUCUCUUCUUCUGAACUUUCUAAGUCGAGUGAUGGACCAUCCACAUCUACUCAAAUACAGUCUAGAUCUGGAGCAAGGAAUACAGGAAGAAAAGUAUCUGGCUCUCGCCAAUCAGGAGAUAGCCCAACUAGAAGUCUAGAAAGACAAGGAUCAAGUCAUUUUCAGUCAGGAGAUAGUCCCAAUGGGAUUAGAGGAAAGUUAGAAUCCAGUCAAAGACAGUCAGGGCCAAACCAUAGACCAUCAGGUGAUACUCAUGAUCACUCUGGGUCCAGAAGAACUAAAAUUUAUAGAUCUAACCAUGACCAAUCAAAUGAUCACUCUAGGCAUGGACAGACAGGUCAUGAGCAAUACAGUGACAGAUUUGGCCACUCCAAAUCUGGCCAUGAGAAGGCAGAGUAUGAGACACACAAUAGACAAAAAUCUGAGUUUAAUCAAUCUAUUGAUAGUCCUGGCCAGUCAGGAACAAGAGAGUACAGUCAUAGAAAUCCAGCAAAUACUAGAGUAGCAGAAGGUACUAGGACAAACAAAUCUGAGUCCAACUCUCAUGUUACAGAGGGAAGUAAAAGAAAUAGACCAGAUGUUGUUAGUUUACAGAGAUCAGGAGGUGUUAAUUUAAGGGAGAGAAGCUAUUCAGGCUCCUGCUACCCUUGUCACAUCACUCCCCUCUAUGAUUAUAUCCAAGAGCGAAAGAAUUAUUACUACUACUGAAAUAUAAGUAGAAGACUAAGUAACUAACAUACUAAGUAAAAAAAAAAAUCACCCAAGUAACUUUUGUCAGAUUUCUAGUAAUCAGUCUAUUUGUUCUUUAAACAAAGAAUUCUUCUCUAUCCUUUCUUUUUACUAUUGGGUUUUGUUUUUAAUUGAAGGUUCCUUUUACUAGUGCUAGGUGCUUUUGCUCUUGGUUAGAAAUUGGUGAGCAGAAAAAAAAAACUAAUAUGAUGUGGAGCUAACCAUGGGGCAGGAUUGAUUUGGAACAAUAUUAAACAUUAAUUUGAAUGCCCAGGGUAUAUGCAAUUAACUUUUUUCUUAAUCUAAGGACUCAAUUUUUGUAGCUUCUUGGUGGUUUUUAAUUGGUAUGUAGAAGCUGAUCACUCUUCUUCAAGAAAUUAAGCAACAUAUUUACUAUGGACCUGGAAACCAAAGUUGCAGUGGGCAGGGAUGCAGAUCAGCAUUGAGUUUGCUCAUCACAGUCAUCAACUACAAAUCUUUGAGAGUCAAAAUGAAUACCAGCAAGAGAAAUUGGUACCAUAUCCAUCUCCCUAAUCAAUGCAGAAGGAAGUUAUCUUUGAAGGAUACAGACUGACCUAUUUCUGUCUGAAGAACAGACCUUAAAGAUACUCCCUCAAAAACUAUUCUAGGCUGGAAAACAAUGGAAGAAAUACAAUCCAGAGUUGUUCUGCAUUACAUGUGCCUUUCCAAUCAGAAGAAUAUAAAGAAAAAGGAGGAGAAAAAAGUGAAUGUUUGUUACUAGCCCUUACCUAUUGAUUGUAAUAACUUUGAUGUGAUUUGUGAUUGUUAUUCCUUCAAAUCAGUAGAUUUCAUUAAAAUGGACAAUAAACCUAUAGUAACACGAUAUUGUUGUUUAUUGACCUAGUAACAAGACAUGAAAAUUAAAGUUAAAAUCAGUCAAAAGAAGAAGUUAUUCCUCUUUCCAAAUGGUGGUACAUUUGGUACAUGAUGAUACAUUUAGAAAACCCAGAGAUUCAGCAAAUAAGCAAACUGCUUAAGUAGAGUAGUUGGAUGAAAAAUAAACCUAUAAAAAUCAUUAGCAUUACUAUAUAUUACCAGCAAAACUCAGGAGAAAUCAGUAUUAAGAGAAAUCACAUUCAAAUUGACUACAAAAUGCACACCAUAUCUAUGACUUAAUCUACCAAUACAUGUGCAAGGUUCAUAUAAACAAAAAAAAAUUAAAGAUUUUUUCAGAUGUAAACAAUGUAAA